AUGUGUAAUCCCAGAUUAAUACCAUGUUUACUUCGAAAUUGGAUUAGAGAGAAACCUAUAUAAUAAAAAAAUGAAGUCACGCUAUAAUUUAGUUUUUUGGUUUUGAGACUAUACAUAGAAUUCAUUUCAUAGCUUAAGGAUUUGAUAGAAGAAUUGAGAAUGUAUUAAUAAGACUCUUUAAUUAUCAUUUUAAAUAGAAAAUAAAUUGUUGCAGGUUUAAUUUUGGAUAAUUAAAUUUUGAUUUUUGUAAUUUUAUAAGAUAAAAUUUAGCAACUAUGA